UCUUCCGUGCGUUCCUUCGGCCGUCCGCUACCAUGGUAGACGUCAUCCGCUUCGACUGUCUUCUAGUGUUCAUCGCCGUCAUUUCGGCCCUCGUUGUGAAAGCUCAGAGACCGACCGGAGACUGCCAAGCCCAGCCACAGUCUCAAUUCAUCGGAGACAGGUCGUCGUGCACGUUUACCAGGCUCGUCGACAGGGACCCCAGAAGGAUUCCCUCGGAGAUACCUACGGUGAGCUGCAGGUGUCCCGAUAGCCUGUGCAGCCUGCAGGGGGACUUUCGGUGCCGUGAGGUGAAAGAGACGUUUCCGGUGGUGUACAAGAGAGGACUCCUGUCUCGAUAUAAGAGCGGUACCGUUAACGCGACGGUCGCUUGCGUGUGUGCCGUCAACAGGAGCAUCCGAGCUGCGGGAGCCAACUAUAGGAUCGCAGACGCAGGAAAACGUGGAGACAAAUAUCUGCUCUUGAAAGCGUUAGGACACAGGCAGGCUGCUGGUGAGCUCCUGGCGUGAACUGCGAGAACUGGAGCGGACCACCGGGGACUUCACAUUCUACCCGAGUGUCACUUGACUUUUCAUUAUAAUUGACAAUGUCUUUCAGACUCUUUAAAUUAAUAGUGCCCAAAAUGACGAUUUCAAACACCAGAGUGCAAGGGCAGAUUUCUCCGACUCUAAAAAAACGGAACAUCGAUACGAGAAAAGUUUGGAAGAAAUCACUGGCCAUCUAAACAUUCCUUUAGAGUACUUAUAA